UCAAUGUUUAAACAGUUAAGUGAAUUCUAUUUGAAAAUGAGCCUGUGUCUUUGUCGUUUUCCGCGGAUAAGGGGUAGACAGGGCUGACGCACACAAACACCCUUAGUGACAUUAUAUUAUCGGGUCUUGCUCCAGCUCGGGGAGCUGGAGAGUGACGCAUGACGCACUGGGGAGGCGCGGCAAUCUUCCCCCAUAAAUUCCCAACCUGCUCCCACUCUGGCUUCAGACAGACACUGAGGUUAUAUCCCUCACCUAUAGGAUUUUAAACCAUCUCUUGCUGCAGCAGCGUCGACCUCUGGGUGCAUCCGCUGCAAGUAUGAUUAAGAAAAUGUCACCAUCCGAGAAUGAGUUCGACAUCCCGGCCAAGAAUUGCCACAGGAUGGUGAUUCUGGGCUCCACUAAAGUUGGGAAGACGGCCAUCAUCUCUCGGUUUCUCAGCGAGAGGUUUGACGACCAGUACACGCCUACUAUUGAGGACUUUCAUAGGAAAUUCUACAGCAUCAGGGGAGACGUUUACCAGCUGGACAUUUUGGACACGUCUGGGAAUCAUCCCUUCCCUGCAAUGAGAAGGCUGUCAAUUCUUACCGGUGAUGUGUUCAUCUUGGUAUUUAGUCUGGACAACAGAGACUCCUUUCAGGAGGUGCAGCGUCUGAAGCGCCAGAUCUAUGAAACCAAGUCCUGUCUGCGAAACAAAACCAAGGAGAACGUGGACGUCCCGCUGGUCAUCUGCGGCAACAAGUGUGACAGGGACUUUUAUCGUGAGGUGCAGGAGGACGAGAUCGAGCAGCUGGUUGCUGGAGACGAACACUGCGCUUACUUUGAAAUCUCAGCAAAGAAGAACACCAACGUGGACCAAAUGUUUCAGACUCUUUUUACCAUGGCCAAGCUGCCGAACGAAAUGAGCCCCGACCGGCACUGCAAAGUUUCCCUGCAGUACUGCGAGCUUCUUCACAGAAAGUCCCUCCGAAACAAGAAGUGCAAAGAUGGGAACGCAUACGGGAUUGUGGCGCCGUUUGCGCGGAGACCCAGUGUGCACAGUGACUUGAUGUACAUAAAGGAGAAAGCUAUUGGAGGCAGCCAGACCAAAGAGAGAGGCUGCAUCAUCUGCUGACACUUUCGUUGCCUGUCUGCAAGAGACUUUCUUUAAGACUUUCCAGACCCUGAUGAGGCCAAUCACAUGUGCCCAAAUACUGUAGCCUUCGCGCCCUGAGGCGAUUCUGCGCUGAGACGCAUGGGGCAGGUGGCCUUUUGGUCCCUGUGUAGUGAAAAUGUUGUAAAAUCUGCCUCUUUAGCUGACCGAGAAUGGGAAAAUGUUUACAUUCAGCAGUUUUGGGUUUUUUUUUCAAAACUUGGUGGAACUUGAAUAUUUGUUGCAUUAUGAACAAAUCUGACUCUGAAUGUGUAUUUAUUAUGUCUAUGUCAACUUUUUCAGAAAACAGAAAAUAAAACAUUACUUUCAUAGUCUUGUCUU